UGUAUUUCUAUUUACUGGGGGGGGGUAGUUUUUACAUCAUAUUUAUGUGUGCAUGAAAGCCAUAAAGUGUGCACAAGAGAAGUACAAAAAUCAACACCACUCUGCUCAUUUGUGCCUUUCCUGGGUGUUCUGUGCCUAACCUCCCUGCCCCCCCCCCCCCAAGGAAUUUAAAAACGUGUUGGGAAUAGUUUUUUGUUUCUCUGAUGAAUUUAGGGAAUUAUACAUCACCAGGCCAGCGUUUGAAAACGGAUCCCCAAAACGCCCUGUGUGGAAUACAGUGUUAGGAGUUCCAGAGUCAAAGAUUGUGCCCCCAAGAGAGGGUAAGGGGAAUUGGGUUAGAAAUAUGAAUGUGAUUCCAGGGAGAAUGAAGUAAAUGCCCUUGCAAUUGCUGAAGAAGGAUAACAGGGGCCGACUUUCAGUGUUAGCCCCUAAAAUGGGAGAACAUUUAAAGUGACAUCUAGUUACCUGAUAGAUUUUGGGGUGGAGUGAAGAAUAAUUUCUUGAGAAAAUGGCAGAGGCCCACCAGAAGCGCAUAGGUUCAGUGGGAUUCGACAUGCUGAAUGUCGAGAAAUAGAACGUAGAAAGUCCCCCCUAAGUAACCUCUGCCACUGUACUAGGGAUCCCUCAAGAUCCGACCUGAAGAUUAUUUUUUUUUCUCUUGAGUUAUCCUGGAAGACUUGUGAUUUGGGAAAGCGCUCAUUUCCUGGCCUGGAUCCCUCCACCCCACCGUCACCUUGGUCUAUGGCCUCAGUGGCUUUUGCUUUUCUUCUUUUGUUUUUGAAAUUCGGUUAAGGUGACCCCGGAAAACUUUGGCCCCGCGUCCAGCUCCAAAAGGAAGCCGUACCGUUGUAAUGAGAGACUCAAAUGGGAUAUCCAUCCACCACACCAGGUUGGAAACGUCCCGGCGGCGCCCUGAAGUCUUCACUUAUUAGCGAGAACGAAGAUGGGGGAAACUGUGGCACCUGAAGCAGAGGUAGGCUGAGGGCGCCCCUGCUCUCUGGCCCACAUUGGGAAUGUCACCCGGUCGUGGGAAUCUAAAGCCAGAAAGGGCCUGAACUGUUUGGGAUCCCGCUGAAAUCGAAGCCGAAGCCGUCACUUCCUCCGUCGGCGGCCCGGACGUUUGCUGGGAACCCGUGCCUGUUACCCGGAGAGGACCGGGACAUGUUCCGGAGCGGUAUGUGCGGCCCAAGUGCGUUGCUGCAGCUGGUAGAAUGAGUGGUGGCCACCAGCUGCAGCUGGCUGCCCUCUGGCCCUGGCUGCUCAUGGCUACGAUGCAGGCUGGACUUGGACACACGGGGCUGGCCCUGGCAGCGGCCGUGGAGUCUGAGCGGUCAGCAGCGCAGAAGGCUGUCAUCAGGGUGAUCCCCUUAAAAGUGGACCCAACGGGGAAAUUGAACCUCACUUUGGAAGGGGUUUUCGCAGGCGUCGCUGAGAUUACUCCAGCUGAAGGAAAACUAAUGCAGUCCCACCCGCUGUACCUGUGCAAUGCCAGCGACGACGACCACCUGGAACCGGGAUUCGUCAGCAUCGUGAAGCUGGAGAGCCCCCGCCGUGCCCCCCGUCCCUGCCUGUCAUUGGCCAGCAAGGCCCGCAUGGCGGGGGAGAGGGGAGCGAGCGCUGUUCUGUUUGACAUCACGGAGGACCGAGCCGCCGCACAGCAGCUGCAGCAGCCGUUGGGCCUGCGGUGGCCCGUGGUGCUCAUCUGGGACAGGGACGCGGAGAAGCUCAUGGAGUUCGUGUACAAGAACCGAAAGGCUCUCGUCAGGAUCGAGCUGAAGGAGCUGUCCACCUGGCCCGACUACGACGUGUGGAUCCUCCUCACGGUGCUGGGCACCGUCUUUGUCAUCGUUCUGGCCUCCAUCCUUCGCAUCCGCUGCCGCUCCCACCGCCAGCCGCAGGAGCCACUGCAGCGGCGGACGGCCUGGGCCGUGAGUCAGUUGGCCACACGCAGGUACCGGGCCGGCAGCCGGAGGCCUUGGCCAGAUCGGUCCGACUCGGGGAGCAGCUGUAGCUCUGCCCCCAACUGUGCCAUCUGCCUGGAAGAGUUUGCCGAAGGGCAGGAGUUGCGGGUCAUUUCCUGUCUCCACGAGUUCCACCGCUCCUGCGUGGACCCUUGGCUGCACCAACACCAGACCUGCCCCCUCUGCAUGUUCAAUAUUGUCGAAGGAGACACGUUCUCCCCGCUGCCGGGGCCCCCGCGGGUGCAUCAGGAGCCGGGACGGAGACUUCACCUCAUCCGCCAGCACCCGGGCCACGCUCACUACCACCUCCCGGCCCCCUAUCCGCCGGGCCGCUCCCGGGCUCUGCUCACUGAGCCCCCUCGGGCCGCCCCUUUCCUACCUUCCCGGGAGCCCGGGCGAGGAGCCGGGAGACCCAGACCAACUGGGGCCCUGAGGCCCGGGCACCACCGGGACGCUCCACAGCCGACCGCCCCAGCCCCCCGCCCCGUCCCACGCUGGGGACCCUGCUCCCCGCAGCCCCGAGGGUCGUGGCCCUCGCUCCCGGGCCUCCCGCCCCGCCAGGCCAGGUCGGAUGGUGGUGGUGGUGGCGGCGGCGGCGGCGGCGGGGCGGGCAGCAGCUCGGGGGAGAGCUACCGCACGGGACGCAGCGGCUACCUGGCCGAUGGGCCGGCCAGCGACUCCAGCUCGGGGCCCUGCCACGGCUCCUCCAGCGACUCAGUGGUCAACUGCACGGACGUCAGCCUGCAGGGCCUCCACGGCAGCAGCUCCACCUUCCGCAGCUCCCUGAGCAGUGACUACGACCCUCUGGUCUACUGCAGCCCAGAGGCCGCCGGUCCCCCUGAGGCCCCUCCCGGCCCCGGCUACCGGCCCCGCUCCCUGGACUCCGCGGCGCCCGGGCCCAAGAGCCGCAUGGCCGGACACGUACACUACCACCGGCACCGGCACCGCCACUAUGGGAAGCGGCUCCGGUGCCGGGGGCCGGAAGGCGGCCCGGAGCCCGGUUCUCCUCGGGCCCAGCCCCGAGCGGACCAGCCCGCCGCCUCCGGCCCCCCAUCCCACCCCGGUCCGCACCCUUGCCCUCCGCGGCCCCGGGCCCUCACUGAGCCUUUUCCGGGCCUUACGGACUGCCCCCGCCCACCCCGGCCCCAGCAGAGGAGGCGACGGGGGUCCCCGGAACCCAGCCCACCCCCCCGCCCCCAGGACCUGACCUCCGGCUCCGCCUGCCGGGCCUGCCCACCCUGUGGCCAACCUUACCACUGGGCCCCGGAAACCCACUCGCUGCUUGCUGGGACACUGGGCCCGGACACCACGCCGCCUCCGGGCAUCCUGGACCAUGGUUACCCCAAGCCUCUGCCCGGUGGGCCACACCUGGCCCUCUGCCAGCCCCUGAAGCCCUGCCUGCUGGAGCACAGGCCUUCUACAUGGUCCCUGGGCCCUGCGGUUGAUGGGGCACACCCCUACCCUCUCUACCCGACGUGCCAGUUCCAUCCCGGCUCCGAGGAGGAGAUCGAAGAGCUGUGUGAGCAAGCGGUGUGAGGAAGGACCGACUCGCACAUCCCAAACGAGCCUGGGAGCCCGCUCCCUUCAGGCCGAGGAAAAGAGGGUUUGGGGGCCUGGCCCCACCCCUGCUUGGCUGGCCAUCCCGGAUGUGGCCGGCCGUGGGCGGAGGCGGGCCGAUCUCUCCUGCCCUGGUCGGGGUCCGGUCUUCGGCUGUGGGCCCGGGUGGCAGCAGCGGCUCAGGCGGGAGCGGGGGGUGCUGGCCCACCCGGGGCCGGGGCCAGUUUCUUUUGAGGAGAGAAACAGCCCGGAGGCACGUCAGGAGGAUCCCAGGCUCCCGGGCCCCUACAUUUAGACCCCGGCUUCUGGCCUCAACUGUGACAAACACGUGAAGCCACGGGGGCCCGAGGCAGAGCUCCUGAGCUCUAGACUUUCCCCCCGCCCCUCUCGGUAAUGCCCGCAAGGCUGUCUGUGGAUGGCAGGCCCUUGGCGGAUGAGAGGCAAAGGGUUAGGCUGCUGCCCGCUUGGGACCCUCCCCUGGGGGCAUUUCGGAGAGGGCCUCCUUACCUCUGAGAUGCCCUCCCCAGCCCCCACAAAGCAAUGGUCGUCGUGCCCCCUCCCCCAUCCCUUGCCCCCCUCAGGGUGAAUUUCUGCCUCUGCCCCACCCUAGAAGGGCCCCCAUCCUGCGCCAGGAGGCAUGAAAGUCAUCACCAGUCCCAGGAAGGGGCCGGGGUAAAAGAUUCUCCUUGGUCCCACCUCCACACCCCUCAUCAUCCCUGCCUCCACUUACAGGGCAGAGAGUGUGCGUAUGUUAGGGGAGGGGAGGGCUCGUCUGGCCCACGGGGCCUGGAGACCAUUCAAUAGGAGACUAGGGAGGUCGGGGGUUGGUGGGCCCAGGAUACAUCUUGGCAAAGCAGGGUGGAGCGGGGCCA